AUGCAAUUUAGAGAGAAAGAGCAGUGCGAACUAAAAAAAAAAGAGAAUCGGGAGAUUAAAAGAUACAUAGACAUAUACAGUAAAGGGAUGUAUAUAUUAUUCCUAUAUAUAUCAUCUAUCUAUGAAAAAAGUAAACAGAGUUCGUUUUUGGGUUCCCCGAAUGGAUUGGAUCGUUUCUGCUUCUGCCAACGAAAUGAAGGCCUAGCCCCUUCCGAAUGCUUCUCCGAUCCUGAACGCGAAGAGAAUAAGAUGCAGCUCCCCCUCCCUCUGUCUUUUUCCGCUUUGCUAAUCUUCCCCUCUAACGCGGGCCGGGCUUAG